CUGGUAAUCCGUCAUCGGCGGCGAGGCUCAGCAUGAACCUACUCCACCGACUCACACGGAGAGCUAUGCGGUCGAAUAAGAGGACAAACCGGGGCUCUUGUUCGCUUUAACCUCGCCUUCCUCCAACGCUUCGGCCCUAAGGAGCCUUUCACGAAGGAUUCAAGCACUUUUCACCGCGGCGAGGUGGUCGUUAGCGGGCUCGGAAGCAGCUCCAGGCUGGAUAUUUCCCCCGACUUAAUCCUCCAGCCACAUCCGUAUUCCCAGCCGUCAUCGCGGACUGGAGUGACAAUGCUUGUUUAGAGCUUUUCCGACGCGCUUUUGGAGGCCUUUUUUCCCCCAAGCAUCGCAUUGUAUUUUUUAAUUAACAACCCCGCCAUGGUGGAUUCCAUAAGGAAGACUUUUGUCGUCCCCGAUAUCAAGCCACUGGAUUUGUACGACUGCACUAAAGCAAAAAUAUGCUCAAGUGUCGCCUGGUUGUUGGCGAAGUCCUACGGCAGUGCAGAAAAUGUCCCCGCCGAGCUGCGAGAUCCCUUCUAUUCGGACCAGUAUGAGCAGGAGCACCUUAAACCGCCCGUCACUCGCCUCUUGCAGUCCUCGGAGCUUUAUUGCCGCACCUACAGCCUCCUGCUACGGGGGGCAGGCCGAACCGAUUCGCAGCCCAAAGACAACGUCGCCCUGCUGCAGCUGCUGGCCGAGCGAAACCUGGUCUCCAAAGAGCCUGACUCAGCGGUGACUGACGCAGACCUGCGACACAAGCCCAUCAAAAUGAGUGCUCACCUGGCCAUGAUGGACGCCCUGAUGGCCGUGGGAGCCUCGGAGACGGUGACUUCGGUCAAGUCGGGCGCUUCUCAACACCUCCUGGACGGGACUUUGAGCUGGGAAGAUGCUCUGCUACACUGGGUUAACACGCUCAACCAGAGGCUGAAGGAACUCACAGAAGGAGCCCAAACUGAACAAAGCCCUCAAGCCGUCACCGAGAAUGAGCUCCAACCUCUUCAACCUGCUCUUCGCUACAGAAAGGAUAAAGUUCAGUCCAAACAGAACCCCGUCUUCCCGGCGGUGAACAAAGUCCGAGACCUCUCUAGCGGCUGUGCUAUCGCCGCUGUCCUACAUUACUACUGCCCCGGCCUGCUAAGACUUGAAGAUGUUUGCAUGAAGGAGACCAUGUCGGCCACAGACAGCUUGCACAACCUGCAGUUCAUCCGCGAGUUCUGCGACAGCUGCCUGAAGAGCUGCUGCCACUUGGCCUUGGAGGAUUUGCUCUACGCGCCUCAAGAGCUUCGGCUCAACACGCUCAGCUUUGUAGCAGAGCUGCUCCACUGGUUCGAAGUGCAAAGGCCAGAUUUUGUUCAACCGGUGGACACGUUGAACGGCUGCACACCAUCGACGCCCCGCGGUGUGAGCAGUAAUAGCACUUCUCCAUCUAUCUUAAAGAAGCCUUUCCUCCCAAUUUCCUCCCCUGCAUCAGGGUCUUUGAAUCACUCUACCUCAAUGUCUCAUUUAGAAGGAGUUGGAAAGACGUGGAGCAAGAAAAGCCGCCCCCUGUCAGCCGUUUCCUUCAGCAUUCCUUUCGGCCUGGACAGCGACGUGGACAUUGUGAUGGGCAACCCGGUGAUAACGCGAUCGCUGAGCUCGGACCAGCUCGCUCCACUCAGCCCAAACGUGACUCGAUCGCCCUUCAUGCCUCCCGAGCACCUGGGCAAAGCGUCCGCUUCCAACGGCGUCCACAGAGCCUCCUGGUGCACCCAGAGUCCCGAUCAUCCGAUAUUAGCGGAGAACGGCAUCGGGGCGACUGAAACGGGGGAGCUGCCGACCAUCGAAGAGGCCCUCCAGAUCAUUCACAACGAGAGAAAGUUGGAGCCUCGCUUGCAUCCCGACGGCGCUCCCGACGGCUUCUACCUCCACUCUCCGGACGACCCCGCCAGCUCGAGACAUCACAGAAGGUCGGCGCCCGUCAGCUGCUCGGCCCCGGCCCGCUCAGGAAUGAUGCACCGGUCCAAAGGGCCCACUCGAACCAGAAAUACUUCGGAAUGCUCACGUGACGACGACUCGGUCUUAAGAGACGGCAGCGUGGAUUCUGAUGCCUCGGAGGACACACCUCGGGCUCAGUCCAUGCCCGGCACACCCGGAGCCCAGUCGGACAGCGGCGUAAAGAUGACCAGCUUUGCGGAACGCAAAAAGAAGCAAAGUGAAGACUCUCGCAAAGGCAGUGACGACUCUGUUCCGCCCGCCACCACGUGGGACGUGAAGUUUGAAGAAAGCCCCGGCAAGAGCCCUCAGCUCACCAAUGAAAUGUCAGAGCUCGGCGUACGUCUGGAGGAAAAGCGGCGGGCCAUCGAAGCCCAGAAGAAGCGCAUCGAGGCCAUCUUUGCCAAGCAUCGGCAAAGGCUGGGGAAGAGCGCCUUUCUACAGCUGAAGAAGGAGGAGGACGGCGAGGCCAAAGAAGGCCCCUCCUCCGCCGAAGAAGACCUCGCUCGGUUGACGCUGGAGGAACGGCUGGCCAGCGUGGAGGACGGCGAGCGUGAAAGUCACGUUAAAGGGGGACUCGGUCUCACCAAAGACAAGGCAAGUACACCCGGAGAAAAACCGGCAGCGCCACUUGGGGACUACAACAACGCCGUAUCUAAGUUGACUGCCGCGCUCAGUUCGCUUCAGAGCGACAUGCAGCGGCUCACCGAGCAGCAGAACCAACUGGUGCAGAAGAAAGUUCCUGGCAACAAAUCCUGGGUCAUCCCACCCAGCCCCAAGACUUCCACGCCGUCCCCCUCCCCCGCACGCCUCUCACGGGAAUCCACCCGGGACUUGAAUUCAGCCUCACCUUCGCCAUCCCGCAAGCUGGCCACCCACACCACCCCUCCAAAGUCUCCUCAAGUGGUCCAUCGUAGAACUCAGUCCAUGCCCCCUAAGAGCCCCAAACACAAUCGCCCCACAGAGGGACGAUUCCCGGCUCUAUCGAGGCAUAUCAACGUGCCGACGAGCGUUGACCGCAUUCCCCAUCUUCGUCGGGUGAACCCCUCGCAGUCUCAAAUCCAGACGUCGUCCUCGUUCUCCAUCGGCGACGCCGAUAGCUUUGACGAGGUUCGCUCUCUCGCUGCCACGCCCAUCUCCACAGCGACGCUCACUCCAACGCCGACUCGGCAUCAUCCCACAGAUGACAUCCUCUCCGAAGUGGGCUCCAACGACGACGAAAGUAUAUUCAGCGUGGACGUGGAAGCCAGGCCCUCGCAUGCCAGCAGGAAGGAGGGGGCGGCAAGAGGGGGCUCCAGCUCCGGCGCCCCGUCCGAAUGCUCCUUCGAGAGCGACGUCCCGCCCGCGGCCGUCAACGGCAAACGGAGUAGCCUCAUCGAGAUCUCGCUGUCUUCACUGCAAGGAAAUGCAGAGGAGGACGAGGAUCCUUUGCCCGACGAGCCGGAGGCGAAAUCAGGAGUCGGUUUCUUCUUCAAGGACGACAAGGUACGACCUGAAGAUGAGAUGGCGCAGAGGAAAGCUGCCUUGCUGGAGAAACAGCAGAAGCGGACAGAGGAGAUGAGGAAACGCAAGCAGGAACAGGACAAAGACAAGCCUCAGUGGAUGGUCAUCGAAGGCUGGGGCAACAAAAGCGAGGACCGACCCCAGACCCCCGGCACCCCCCCAGCGUCGCACACCCCCUCGGCCGAGGGAACUCCCCAGCGCCGAGGAGAUUUCACGCGGCAGGAGUACGAACGCAGGCAUCAGCUGAAGAUCAUGGAGGACCUGGACAAGGUGCUCAGACAAAAGCCCACCACCGUGCGCGGUGUCAAGAAGCAGAGACCCAAGACCGUGUUCAGGGACGACUCGGCCCUCGCGCACAGCCCCGUCAAGGGUCUCCUGGGCAGCCGGCUGAACAAAGUCUACUCCCAAUCCACCAUGAACUUGUCCUCCAUGACGCAUGACUCUGGAGGCUUGACUGUCAGGAGAUCUACCAGUCGUUCGCACUCUCCCUCCCGUCUCAUGUCGCCGGGAAGAAUGAGCGCUCACAACGGCGACUGGGAAAACGGCUCCACGGUUUCCUCCACUGCCUCCAUCCCCGAGUACACAGGACCAAAGCUAUAUAAAGAGCCAAGCUUUAAGUCCAACAAGUUCAUCAUCCAUAAUGCCAUCUCACGCUGCUGUCUGGCCGGCAAGGUCAACGAACCCCAGAAAAACAAGAUUGUAGAGGAAAUGGAGAAGAGCACAGCCAACCAUUUCCUCAUCCUCUUCAGGGACUCCAGUUGCCAGUUCCGGGCGGUGUACACCAUGAACCCCGAAACGGAAGAGAUGUCGCGGCUCACCGGCAUCGGGCCUCGUGUUAUCACGCUGGACAUGGUGGAGUCCAUCUAUAAGUACAACUCGGACCGCAAGCAGUUCACCGCCAUCCCGUCCAAGACCAUGUCCAUGAGCGUGGACGCCAUCACCAUCCCCGGACACUUGUGGCAAAAGCGCCCGGGAACUCCCAAGAAGCUCGCCACCCCAAAAUGAACACACCGUUGCGAUUCAGGUUUUCUAUUCUGGCCAGUCUGGGGAACUUUUUUUUUUUUUUUUAUCUUAGUAGCAGACGAAUGGAGUGACUGAGAACAAUCAACGCUAUGUGCCAAGAAAACGGAUGAAUCCCUAUGAUUGCUUCCCUCCUCGGAGCUUCUGGAUUUAUGAUUGUAUGCGGGGAAAAAAGAAUGUUGGCGUAGGGGCAUUCGGUGUCGUUCCUCACGCUCCGUCUCCUCUAACAUCUUUUGCCUUUUCUUGGCCCAAGACUCAAGUUGAGACAACUUCACUGCUUUGCCUUCGUGCAACAACAUUUAAAGGCCGGAGAAUUUCCCACGCCUCUCCCUCCGGCUUCCCGCUUUUUUUUUUUCUCCAUUGCCUUUUCUUCUCCUCUCUAGGGCUCGAUGGCUAGACAGCCGACUGAAAGGCGAGGUCACAUCUGGAAAAAGACGGCUUUCGUAUGAAUGUCGGUGAUCCCCGCCUGCCGCCCGUGCAUUCGACUCGCUCUGCUGUAAAGACAUCUGGAUGUCAAUUUUUUAUUGUUUGCUGGAUUGACACACGGUGCGCUUAGAAACACAACUGGAAAGAAAACAAUGGAGGAGGGCUCGUGUUUGUACUUUGCUCAGCGAUGCUGAUUUGACACAUAAAGAAUGCUGAUCACUUUUCAAGGAUAAUUUGCUUCUAAAUAAAAGCUGCAUAUUUCCCUUUUGUAAGCUCGGAAUAAGCUAGUCUGCUGCGUAAGUGUUGGUUGGAUGUGUGCUUGGGAGCAAAUGAGUGCGUAAAAGAAAAACGUUUUGUCGCCGGGGAGCUUGUUUAUGACCAUGAAUUGAUUUCCUUCUUGUCUGUCCAGGCUUCUUGAUGAAGGAUUAUUCUGGACUGUAGCAGCCGUAAAUAUACAAGACACUAUUUUGACUCUUUUGUGUCAAAUUGGAGAAAUGUAAAAUGGCCAAACUUUUUGCAAUCACAAUUGUAGUUGCCAGUGAUGUAGUUGCCAUGGUUAAUUGGCCACCGUUAUCUUCCUUGUACCGCCUCUUAAAAACAAAAAAAUCACUGACUGCCUCCAACACGUGUUAUGAAUGACAUUUGAAUACAGAUGCGAAUACAGAAAAAUAAAAACAAAAACAAAAAAAAAAAACAAGAACGUGUGCACAUGAAUUAUGGAUGUGACGCUUGUAUUUAUUUGUUUAUCAAAAGUAGUAUGUGGUUAUGCAAUGACAUUAUUUUGAUUCUGUGCAAUCCUCCCCCCUAAAAUUCUUGCCACCCGUGGGGAUCUAUUUAUUUAGUUUGCUUUCGAUUUAUGUUUAAUUUCAGGUUGUAUUUCUGUGGGUUCAGGUAGCAUCCUUCCCUGCUCCUUUAGGUGUCAUGAGUUUUUUUCUUUUUUUUUUCUUUUCAUCAAAUCUGUGCCAGUACGUGUAUACUUAUCACUCAUUGUCUCUCCUUGGCAUCAAGACCAGAAUAAAAAUCAUUUUUAAAUCA